AACAAGUGUGAAAUGUCAGAACACAACGAGUUCAGUAGUUUCGUAAUUAUUUAUUAAAAAGAAAUUGUCUGUCACUAAUCGGUUUUAGUUGAGUGAAAGAAGAGUACGUGUUAAGAAUUCUGGUGUAUAAAAUUAUUACUACGCGUGAAUUCCAAAAUCGUGAUUUGUGAAGCGUAAAAAGUGAAAUAUCCAGAAGGCGACAACAAAAAAAAUAUAUAUACUUUACUUUCUGCGUGGUAAAUUUUCGCUAAAAUAAAAGAGCUCUAAACCAUCAGUGAUAAGCGUAAAAAUAUAUUUUUACAAAAAAGAACUUUUAAAUUUUUGUAAUCUUAGUGGUUAAUCAAGGUGUGAAACUGCCAAUAAUCAAAAAAUCGAUGUGUGUAGUAUACAGCUCGCAUAGAGCUGAGAAUUUUGGCAGUCGCCGCGAAGUACCAGGAGCCAGUGCGUUUUGUUCUACUCGACCACCCACUGCUUAUAGAACAGCAGCAGCAGCAGCAUUGCUUAACUUCCCGUAAAUUGCCUGCAAAAUACCGCAACACCCCUGGAUUAAGCUUGUUUGCAAUGAGCCGUCUUCUCGAGAAGCCCAGCAUUGCGAUGUCCCUUAAGUCGUCGCCGUCGUCGUCGUCGUCAGGUAGUCAAUUGUCCUCGAAUGCUGCAGUUGCUGGCAAUGCCACUGGUGGACUAGGCAUCACUGCCACUGAAGUUGCUGUACAAAGUCAAGCCGAAGCGAACACAAAUCAAUUGGCGGCGGUGACCAGUUCGAAUACAACUAAUAAUACCCACACAAUUUUCGAUGAAGUCUUUAUAAGUUUGGUAUCCGGUUCAGCUGCCGGCGCUUUAGCGAAAACCACUAUCGCGCCGCUGGAUCGCACGAAAAUCAAUUUUCAAAUUAGUAAAAAUGUUCCCUACUCAUUCAAGGCGGCAAUUAAUUUUUUACGAAAUACCUACGAGAAGGAGGGUAUUUUGGCGUUAUGGCGGGGCAAUUCAGCAACGAUGGCACGCAUUGUGCCUUACGCAGCCAUACAAUUCACGGCGCAUGAACAGUGGCGCAAAAUACUACAGGUGGAUAAGGAUGGCAGCGACACCAAAGGCAGACGUUUUAUAGCGGGAUCAUUGGCUGGCAUAACUUCCCAAUCGCUGACAUAUCCAUUGGAUUUGGCACGCGCCCGCAUGGCUGUCACAGAUAAAUACACUGGAUACAGGACCUUACGACAAGUUUUCGUUAAAAUUUGGGUUGAAGAAGGGCCGCGUACACUUUAUCGAGGAUAUUUUGCCACCGUGCUGGGUGUGAUACCUUACGCGGGGGUAUCCUUCUUUACCUACGGCACUCUUAAGCGUGAAUAUUAUGAGGUGACAGGAAACUCUAAACCAAAUACUCUAGUCUCACUUGCAUUUGGCGCUGUUGCUGGUGCAGCGGGGCAAACAUCGAGCUACCCGUUGGAUAUAGUGCGCCGGCGCAUGCAAACAAUGGGCGUCAAUAAGGGCGCCAACGAUCAAUAUCGCACUAUAUACUCAACCUUGAAGAAAAUUUACAAGGAGGAAGGCAUCAAAAAUGGCUUUUACAAAGGUCUGAGCAUGAACUGGAUCAAAGGCCCGAUUGCGGUUGGCAUUAGCUUCUCUGCCUACGAUUUAAUUAAGGAACUGCUUAGGGAACUUUUCCAUUCGAAACGCGGCCGAUACGAUGCUUAAACUGUGCAACUAUUAUUUUUCGUAUUUUUAUUUACAUAUAUUUAUAUAUAUUUUGUUAUGUAAUUAUUUUUUACUUGAAAAUGCUAAACGGUGUGCCGAAUGCCGAAAAGUGGAAUUUAUACCUAAACGAAUAUUUAGACGUUAUUGCUGUAUUCAAACUAAACUUGAGUAAACGUGAAAGGUUCAAUUAUUAAUUCUAAAUCAAUAGAUAUACUUAUAUAUAUAUAUACGUAUAUGUGCAGGUAUAUGUGAGUUCGGGAAUGGUCAGAGUAAUCUGUGGUUUACCGAAAUAUUCCUUCAUUAGGUGAUAUAAAAUAAAUAUAAAUUAUACGGUUAGCCGUUUAGCUUCGAAUUUGUUGAUGAGAGCCGAGUUUUGUUCCUUUUUAUAUGUGUUAAUAUUAUAUAAAUAUAAAAUAUGAGUAAUUUAAUGUGUAACUGUAGUAAGCACAAUGCGACAAUAAAUCUAAACUGAUUUUUUUUUAAUACAGCAUA